AAAGAGAAGACGGUCGCGGAUAAAGAUGGGUGUAGUUUUCUCAAUGUUGUGGAGACUGGACGCCACUACUGCGUGUGUGGCGCUCUUCGUCGUUGCUCUGGGAUCUCUCUGGCUGUACGUGGCGUUCGCGAAUCCCUCGUCUCGCGAGUACGAGCGGCUGGAGGAACUUCUGAGUGAGAGCGCAGUAGCGCCUAGCUCGCCUGCUGGUGGAGAGAGGAGGGAAGGGAAGAAGGGGAGAGGGAAAGGAAAGACGGGAAACGAGAGUAGUCCGAGAGCAUCGCAAAGUCCCAGGAAAAAGAAACCGAGUCCCGAGACUGUCACCCCAUCUGGCAGCGGAACGGAGAGUGGGAGGGAGGAGGGGGAGGGGAGAGGGGGAGGAGAGAGAAAGACUCCGCCCACACAGCAGUCUAAGAAACAGGUGCCUAAAACAGCAGCCGUAACCGGAGAAACGGUCACAGACAAGUCUUUGGCACCUGGUGAUGAAGAGGGUGGGGAAUUCAAGCUCGUGACUUCGAAAUCGCCGAGGGGUAAAAAAGAGCCCGCCCCUGUCGUUACGACGUCGUCGGUGGAAACGGGGAGAGAUACGAGUGCUGCACCUGUUUCCAAGAAGAAGAAAAAAGAUCGUUCGAAAGCAGCUGUUUCUAAAAACGUUUCAUCUACCGCGAAAACAACCGAAGAAGAGAGAGGGGAAAUCCCUGCCGUCACGGCAAUAACGAAACCAGAAGACGAAACGCCUGUCGUAUCCAAAGCCACCGAAAUUGAAGGGGGAGACCCUGUCGCUUCCGCAGAAACGACAUCCGAAUCUGAUACCCCCAAGGCACCAGCGGCGUUGGUUGCAGGGAGGAUGCCCCUGGAAUUGGAAGAAGACGAGGCGGAAAGGGAGGCGGAAGGGGGAGCCUGA